UAAAGGUAUCUCCUUGGGCUCUUUCUCUGGUAAGAAGAUGCCUCUAGGACAGAGGGUUGGAGAUAAAAGCGACUCACGGUACUGUGGAGUCAUUACCGAAUUCGAUGAUGACAUGCCUCAUGUUUUAGCUUUCAAUGUUUCUGGAGGUUUCGAUUUUAUCGUGGCUCCUCUGAUGGAUCCCACUUAUCGGCCUAGUUCAAAAACCAAUGGUGGUUGUGGAGCUAGUGUUCUUCCAUUUGCAGGCUCAGAUUUAGUUUUAAGCCCUUCACAGUGGAGUUGUCAUGUUGUGGGCAAGAUUAGUUCUUGGAUUGAUUUGGAUUCAGAAGAUGAAGGGUUUCGCAUGGAUUCUGAAAUGGUCUUAAAACAACAAAUAGCUUGGGCUUCUCACCUCUCAUUACAGGCUUGUCUGCUUCCUCCCCCAAGGGGAACAUCUUGUAGUAACUACGCAAAAUGUGUGAAUGAAAUAUUGCAGAGUCUAAACAAUAUGCAGUUGUGGCUUAGGAUUCCAUUGCAAAAGUCUGAGGAUGAUGCUAUGGAUGGGACCUCCGACUAUUUGCAGAGUGUUGACUCUUGGGAAUGGUGGAAUGAAUUUCGUCUGCUUUGUGAACAUCACAGUCAGCUAUCAGUAGCCCUUGAUAUAUUGAGUUCACUACCCUCUGGGAAUUCACUUGGACGUUGGUUUGGAGAGCCUGUUAGGGCAGCUAUUGUACAUACCAAUACUUUCCUAACAAAUGCACGAGGAUACCCAUGUUUAUCAAAACGCCACCAGAACUUUAUGCCUUUGUUUUUUAAUCAUUCAGUACAGGUAGUGAUUUCUGGAAAAUCAGUGCACGAUAUUCCUGUGGGUAGCUCAGAACCUACAGCUAGUCAUACUGAUAAUCAUGUUGAUGGUAUACCAAGACAUCCAUUGAGGUCGUACUUGGACUAUGUUGGAUACCUCUACCAAAGGAUGGAACCACUGCCCGAGCAAGAACGUUUUGAGCUUGGUUACCGAGAUUUCUUGCAAUCUCCCUUGCAGCCUCUCAUGGAUAAUCUGGAGGCCCAAACUUAUGAAACAUUUGAGAAAGAUACAGUAAAAUACUUGCAGUACCAAAGGGCUAUAUCGAAAGCCUUGCUUGACCGGGUCACAGAUGAGCAAGUGUCAACCUGUACCGUUGUACUGAUGGUUGUGGGAGCAGGGAGGGGGCCUCUUGUUAGAGCAUCAUUGCAGGCAGCUGAAGAAACAGGGCGCAAGAUGAAGGUUUACGCUGUGGAGAAAAAUCCCAAUGCAGUUGUUACGCUCCAUAGCUUGGUUAAACUAGAGGGCUGGGAGAACCUUGUAACCAUAGUUUCCAGUGAUAUGCGCUGCUGGGAUGCCCCUGAGAAAGCUGAUAUUUUGGUCAGUGAGUUGCUGGGGUCUUUUGGUGACAAUGAGCUGUCUCCCGAGUGUCUGGAUGGGGCCCAAAGAUUUUUGAAGCAGGACGGGAUUUCAAUUCCAUCAUCGUACACGAGUUUUAUACAACCAGUGACAGCUUCAAAGUUGUACAAUGAUGUGAAAUCACAUAAAGAUCUCGUGCACUUUGAAACUGCUUAUGUCGUCAAAUUACACAAUGUGGCAAGGCUUGCUCCAUCCCAAACUGUCUUUACUUUCAAUCAUCCAAACUACUCGGCUAAGAAAAGCAAUCAGCGUUACAAAAAGUUGCGAUUUGAGAUACCCAGUGAUACUGGAUCUGCUAUUGUUCAUGGAUUCGCUGGCUAUUUUGAUGCGACACUCUACAAAGAUGUACAUCUUGGUAUUGAACCAUCAACGGCAACACCAAACAUGUUUAGUUGGUUUGCCAUAUUUUUCCCUUUGAGGACACCUGUGUGUGUACACUCCGGUUCUCCCUUAGAAAUUCACUUCUGGCGAUGCUGUGGCUCUACGAAGGUCUGGUACGAAUGGUGCUUAACAUCACCCUACACAUCCCCUAUACAUAACAGCAAUGGCCGUUCAUAUUGGGUUGGCCUCUAGCAUUUUGUUUCCCAGAGUAUCUGAAAUAUAGAUGAGAUGAUGGGGGAGCAAAAACUUUUGAAACAUUCAAGAGAUAAUGGAUGACGGAAUUUUCCUGUUGUAAAUCAGCCUCUUUUUCCAAAAAAGCUAGGGUUGUAAAUGAAAUUCCUCACCAAUUAAUGUCGA